AUGUCUGCAUGUGCAAAGGAAGUGACAAGCUUACAAAAGAAAACAACGAAAGUUGUAAAACCUAGUAAAGCAACAAUUCAGGAUACUACUAAGCAGAUAUAUUUCAAAAUAAACGAACCAUUUAAGAGUCUCUACAACGUGAACCUCGCUGAAGCCUUAACAAAAGUACCUGAAAUUGGUGUAACACAAUCAAAAACUAAGGCGCAAAAACAAAAAGAAAGAAGGGAAACUUUAAGGUCCAUCAAACGCAAAACAGAAGACCAGUGGUCUAAGGUUGACUGUGACACAAUGCUGGGAACGCGGCAAGCAUACAAGCAGAGGGAUCUGCAAAGGAAAUCUCUCUACUUUGAGUCCACUCAUGAGGCAAGCGUUCGAACUUUGAAGAGAAAGGCACUUGAGGAGGCUGGUCUGCGCAAAAAGAAGCGUCAUUCUCCUGAUCCAGCAUCAAUUGACUUUGACAAGGAGGGCCUCCUGCAAGAAGUAAAUUCAAUGAAAGAAGGUGAAAAGGUGAGGAUGUUAGUUGUGAUAAGGCAUAAUCAACUGAUUAUUUUGUAGAUAACUUUUAAUCACUAGUUCUGCUUAAACAGAAAAACAAAAGCAGAUGUCAUUGUUUGAUGAACAUUUCAUGCCACCAUUUAUUUUAAUUAGAAAUCUGAGGGAUAAACAAGAAUACUAAAUCUUCAACAUACUUUUCAGAUUAAUUAUUCAGAACUGUCCAGGAAGUAUGGAGCAGCAGAGAAAAGUAAGGUGGGAAAUAUGGUGGUGAAAGAGUUUCUUCAAACUAAAGGGGUGGAUGUGGCAAAGUUUACAGGUCCAAGAAAAAAUGCUCAGCCUGUGACAAGAAGACGCCUCAACCGAAUGUUUGAUGGUGAAAUCACAACACCUGUCCCCCGUACUAAUGCUGCCGUACGAGAAACCUUGAGGGCCAAGAUUAGGGCUGGAGAAUAUCGCUUAGGAGAGAUCAUUGCACCAAAACGCUACAAGAAGUUAAUGCUACAGCCUGACGGUACAUGA